AUGACAUGGGUCCAAUCUAUUUCCAGACGAUCUCUCCGCAGAGCACGCUCCGGUCUGUCAGCCUUGAGGUCAGGUUUUACUCACCGUUCGAGUGAUGAAGAAAAACCCGAGGAAAUUCUUGUUAGCCCUGUUGCUCUCAGACGUGAAAGGCAGUUCUAUGGAGUUUCAUCCGGGGCCUAUACUUCAGAGACCCAAGAGGAUCUGACCUUUGGCGCCGAGUUGUCUCGCAUGGAUCCUCCAACAGCUUCUACCUCGACCAAUACUGACGUGUCGUCUCUUGUUCGCGUCCCAUCUAUCAACUCGAUCCAUAGCUCGACCCAUAAUUCGCCCGCAGCACUUCCCGCAUCUGCAUCUGCAUCCAAAGUCUCUGAUAUUUCCGGCCGAGCUGUAACUAACUCUACGGUAAAGUUAAUUUAUCCACUAGCCAACGACCGAGAUCUUGACUUCCAAUUUGAUGGAGCUGGAGAGUUGGGGGCGAAUACGAAUUCUGAGGAGAACUUUACUCAUGCCAUAACACCGACAGAAAACCAUUUGAUGGAGCAGACAUGGGGCAUUGCUAUCUCUACUAAUGAAGAGAUUCAAAUGUCUGCAUGUGGCCCGGCAGACCAUCCUCCGUCUUUGGAAGAACGGCAAGCAACAAAUCCUCAGCAAAAAAAUAUCAGUCAUACUACUUCGGAUGCACAAUUCAGUGAUGAUCAAACAGACUCAAAUCCUAUCUCUAGACAGUCCUCCGCCGAAGUUCGAUUUGCAUUUCCGGGAAUAUAUCAAGAGGCACUCGACCAGUGGGCGAGGCAAAAUGCUGAUCCCAGCCCUAGUCAACACAUUCCCGAUCUCAGUGAAUACAGCCUAAAUCUCAGUGAAUACAGUCCCAACACUAGUCAAGACAUUUCCAGCCCCAAUCAUCCCAGUCCCAUUCCCAGUCAACACAGUCCCAGCCCCGGUCAGCACAGUUCUAGCCCCAGUCAGCACAGUUCAGGCCCCAGUCAACACAGCCCUAGAAUCUAUGAACAAGAAGAAACCCCAUUCGCUUCUCAAGAGCCUCUUGAAUGCAUUGUGCACCAGGAUGAAUACAGCAACAUGCCUCCAUACCAUGAUUACGAUUCGGAUGAAGGUCUCAUACCUCUGGUGUCCCCGCAAACUCCUAUCACCCAUUCUGAAGAGAGGCAGCCAUCUCCUUAUCCCAAUCCCCUCAAUUGCAUCUCCAACCGGAAUUUCGCUCAAAGAUGGUCGUCCAUCUCCGAAAGAGCAACUGCACAAUGGUCAAGUGUUGGAGAUCAUUCAAGCCUUUACACACCUGACGAUACCACAUCACGAGAUAUCACAUCAACGGAAAUGACUUCAAUAGAAUCGAUGUCAAACGAUACAUGGUCUCCGAUAGACUCUGAGAUUCUGUUCCCGAGCCCGGUGGAGGAUGGAAAUGGGUAUUUCCUUUUCGAUGGCAAAACAAACAACCAGUAUCCCGACAGAGGCGACGAGCCAGUGAAAUCAGUACAUAACGGCACCGGCAACUGUGGUGAUAUCAGAGGUUCUCAAGAUUUAACUGAGGCAAUCUCUCCAGGGAUUAUGUCCCUACAGCUCAUUCCCAAUGAUAUACCCGGUGCAAGAUUCGAAUUUGUUGAAGAGGAUACAGAUGAUGAGUUUUAUCCUGGAAUUGUGCAACCAAGACAGGCUUGGUGA